AUGGCGAAGAGCGUGGAUGACCUGAUCGAGUUUUUACUGGAGGAGAUUGCUCUCAGCGGGAGUCGAGGUGCUUCUAUCAACGAACUCAGCGGCUACGUUAGAAAUUUUUACAAUGGUGAAGAUGCCCUUCGCAACAACAAUCAAUCACCACCUCCUUUUGUGUCUGUGGAUAAAGCCCUGUUAUCCAAAAUCUGGACAUGGUUAGGGCGGCAUUCAGACGUUUCCAUUGGCAAUGGCAAGAAGUACAACAAUAAAUCGCUCUCGGAAGUCGAGUCCGAGUAUCCCGGAUACCUUGAUGACACGUUUCCUGGCUUGAGUCCUGAAGCUGAAGACAAUGAUGAACUUGGUGGUGCCAACAAACCGCUCGCACGAGCAUCUAAGGAAUCUAACCCUGGGAAGCGAGCAUUGCGUUCAGUGGAAGGUCCACGCAUCGCCGUCAAUGAGUACCGAAUGUACCACGCUAUAUGUGGCCAUCCGCCCGACGUCAGCAAAGUAACGCCCCUGGAAUUUGUGCUCCUCUCACAUAUCGCUGCGGCCCGUUCGGCGGGCAUUCUGCAAGGUGCUCUUGGACGAGCUUCAGGUCAAGACAAGCGAUCUGUGCCCAAGAGGACAAACGACUUGCAGGAAAGGGGCUAUAUAACCAAAGAAGCGGUCUACGCCCACGGCACCAAAACAAGUCGCCUCAUCCUUCGCAAGCUUGCCGCCCAAAGUCCAAAUCAGGAACCGCUCCCUUUCGAUACAACGGGUGCCAAGUCAAAGCAACAGUCCAUAGUUCGGGAUGUCGUUCGGAGAAUCUUUGAUGAACUUUCCAAUCAAAAUAUCAUUCCGCUGAUUGACCUCGCCCAACGGCUCGACAUGUCAUCUCCUGCAAAGUCCGCAGUUCUCACGAAGGUUAUCCGCCGUCUCGACCGCGUCAGACUCGUGAAACGAGUCAAGACAGCUUUCGGUCCUUCCGCGAGUGCAGGAGAUCUAGAGCAAUGCCUUCAAUUGGUGCAAUUGCCCGUUGCAGGUGGUCUGGAUGGCUUUGAUACCGAUGAGCUUACCCUGGGCAGCUCAAUAGCAGAAUUAGCAUCAACGAUGGGGAAUGAUGAGCGUCUCGAAACAGCUCUACAGGCCACAGACAACGCGGAUCGAGGACCCAUCGCAUCACAGCCCUUGGCUUCUGCACAAUGGAAUCCAGGCCGUCUCAUGACCAACAUGUUGCGAGAUGCGGUUCAACUUACUGGUACCGAAGGUUUGACCAAUGCAGAUGCAAGAAAAGUGACGACUGGCGUAUUUAUACGUCGUACCGUCGAAGCAUUGCUUCAUCGAAUUUCUUGUCGCUCGUUACUGGUCCAACCCUCACAUCUCAAGCAUUUGGCCGUCGUGCGUAUCUAUGUGACUAUUGAUGGGAUUGCACAGUUUUAUUACUAUUCUUGGGAGGCCUUCUGUGAACUUGCUCAUGAUAAAGUCUUCGACAUUUCCAACGUCCCUGGAGCGAAACAAGUACUGAAAGGCCUCCCUAAUACAGAUGAUGGACCCAUCGAUCCCUCCACAUCUACGACAACCGACUGGACUGGGUUUCCAGUCCGGAAACCUCCAUUUCUUCAGAUGGAGCGUGGCGAGAUUGAUUUGACCAGCAUCAUCAGAAGUGCUCGUGUUGUAGACGUCCUUCCCAGAAACGGAGAGCCGGUUAUUGUAGAAACAGAACCGGGCAAGUUUGGCCUCGCCCGUCGCGGCCAUAAUGAUCGAGUGAUAGGAAGAGCAAGCAAAUUCCAACACGCCUUAAUGCGAUCGCGUCAAUCAGGUUCUAUGGAGCCAUCAAGCAGAUCUCAGGCAGCUCCAAAGCCAUCGGAUCAAUCAAUUUCCAGCGAGCCACCAAGCAAUAUUUCGGAACCUCCAAAGCCACUGAAUCAAUCAAAAGAGCCACGAAAAGAACUCACGCUUGGACGUCCUCGCAAAUUUAUGCGAGGGACAGAAAAAUUUUGGCAACGACUUUUCAAACAAGCAAGCCUCGAGGCCCGCGGAACCGGUAAUGCUCGUGCGUCUCGAACAGGUACGAUGAAUCAUCCAGCGGGCCUAGCAUUGUUUGCAAGUCGUCCCCCGGACUUCGAUGAGACUUUGAUAGAAGCCAUUGAUGCUCAUUUGCCAGUCCCAGCAGAAGCCCAGGACAUCGACGAGGAUUGGGUUCACGCGAUCAAAGAUAUUCUCGGUCGUUCCUCCGAUGGUGUCUUCGUGUCACCAAAGGGAUUGCUUUCCACGAGUGCACGGCAGCAAUCCCAAGUCUUGAUAUUUAGAUCAAGCAGAUUAAAGGAUGUGGAUUUUGUUGACAGGACCAUAGUACACCCUUUCCGAUUCAUUUCUACCAGCGUAUCACAUAGCUCCCCUUAUCAAAGAUUUUAUCCCUCGGUGAGCGGAAGCUGCGGGCAAGGGGACCUCAACGCAGGAAAGGUACGCAACGCGUUUCGCAUUGGCCGCCAGAAGACCGCGAAACACAGAUCUGGCCCUCAAAAGGGAGUGUUCUAUGAGGAACGACAUGAAGCAGAGCUACGAAAUCAGCUUCCUUCGCUGCCUAGUGAUCUCCGCGAGGACCUUCCUGCUCCCAACUAUGACGAAACCACCGAUGAUGAAGUACAGAUUGGGCACUCUCGACGGGAAAUAAAAGGAACCCCGCCCCCUCAACCUUCAAUGAAUGGUGCACAUAAAGAUAAAGAAAAUGAUCGAGCCAGCACAACUAUCCAGCAAGUCUUCCCAACAACCACACCUGCUCGAGCGAGACCUUCCAGAAAUCGCAAGAGAACAGAAAAGGCCGUGGAAAAUUCUAUCAAUCCGUGGAUUAGUGUCAAUGCAUCGCUGUCUGCGGAAAUUUCUCACGUGGAACGGACUCUACCACUCACGGGAUCCAAGCAGGUACAACCAGCCCGUGAAGAAUCAGCACCACUAGUGGAUACUAGCACAGAAGAAGUGGUAUACGUACCAACAAGGUUGACCGCUUCGCCUUCGAAUCAUGACAUUGGUCGGGUGACGGUCAACACCACCACAGUCCCCCGCAAAGUAGCUGACACCCGAUCAAUUUUCCCCCCCUCGAUGUUUCCAGAUGUACCCGGGUCAGAAGUCCCUGGAAAGUCCAGUGCGCCGACGCGAGAAAGCUCUAUCGCUGAGUUUAAACCAACAAACAGAUCUGAACCCAACGAAACUGUAACACUGGAAACCUUGGGGCUAGAAACAGACCUUCCUGCCACAAGGCGAUCCGCCCAGCAUAAGAGACGGCGCAGGCGAUCCUCUGCAGGAGAAGGCACCAAUUCCGAAGAAGAGUACCGUAGGCCAAGAAAAGGACAAAAGGAAGCAACGCAAAAGUACACUGCUGGGUCGAUCAACCUGUGCCAGAAGAUUGUGCUUCAUUUGUUGUCUGAGACAGAAGGAGCUGCUCCUAACGACGCUUUCACCUUGAGACGUAUUGCUUCGCCAAUAUGGAAGGAGGCAGGGUUUGGAGAAGCCCCUCUACGGAACACUGUAAAGCAAGCCGUCAAGUAUCUGUGUCAGCGAGGGAAGUUGAGACAAACAAUGUUUUCGUUUCGUGGAAAGUCCGGUCUUAUGGUCCAGCGAGCUAUUAUUUAUUUACCAACGAUACGCUCUACUUCAGAUCUUGUUGAAAAAGUCAAGCGGAAAGUUAUCGAAUGUGAGCCAGCAGAUUAUAUACCGCCUGAGUGGGCAAAUGAAGGUGCCCAACUGUCUUUGUUUGAAGACAGGAUCCAACUUUCAGAUAUCGUUGGCAAGGUCUCUCGCAGACGGCAAACGUCCAUGACCCGCUCCGAUGGGUCUGCUGGGUCGAUGUCCGAGAGAGACUCUCGCAGUCCCACAAGGCCGCCAUCGCCCCUGCCACCAGCUCCUCCUGCAGGUCCAUCAACAGGCUUUGUCACCUUGAAAGCCCCUAAGCUGGGGACCCUUUUUUCAGUCCAGGUCGAAAAUUGGCGAUCCGAGCUCGGCAGAGCCCUCGAGCUUGCCUCAGCUGCAGCCUUUACCGAAAGGCGUGAACGAAGUACUCGGAGUCGCGGGCUUCUUGGUAGAGAUCGUCCUAUCAAAUGGGCAAAUAAGGACGUCCAAGACUUUCCAUCAUCAUUACUGGAUGUCCUAAUGAUCACUCCUGCCAAACAACUACACCUAAGUGUCGACGUCGAAGAUCGAAACUGGCAUCGCUUCGCAGCGGAGAUUGAAGCCGUUGAAGCUUGGGAACAGAAGCGCAGUAGUGCCGCGCAGAACUCCCGCACGAGUUAUGGCUUUAUCAGCCAUUCUAUUCCGGCGGUACUGUUGCCCAACGCAAUGGGGCCACGCAAUGUUGAAUUCUCGAAGCUGAUCCAUUUCGACGAAAGCGGCAUAGAGGUAGAGGUUCCAUUCCCAGACUCUGAGCCAUGGCCACCUUUCGUGUCAGCACUCGCUGAGAAGGAUGUCAAUAAGACGGCCAUAAUUGCUGAAUGGUCGCGGGGAAAUCUCUCGCUGGUACCUUCGGAAGACGAGGACGCCCGACAGCUGAGGCCUGGGUCGAAACGGAAAACCGCAGACGAUGACGUUGACUUCAGACAUCCGACCAAGCGACGGCGCAAAGGUUGGAAACAGGCCAGUGCCGCACGACGAGCCAAGGCUGUCGCCACUCGGAAUCCACACACUGGGCUCUCAUACUUUGCGAGAGGUGUGCAAUACCUCCGGGAUCUUUCGCUCCAGCAGGUUCAGCGCCUGGCAUUGUCUGUUAUUGUGGUGCGAACACUCGCGGGUGGACUAGAGGGUUUCAUCGACUGGCCCAUUGUAAUGGCACUAUUUCCGAGCGAGUCAGAAGACGUCAUUCGAGGCCGUUGGAAGACGAUAUCAACGAAGUACCGUGGCGACGUCAAUGGGCUCACGUCAAGUUUACAAGUGAAGUAUUUGGAUGCUCUGGAGGCCGACCAAGUACCAUGCGUCAAUUUUGCAGACCUGAAAGCUACCAACUGGCACGGGAUCGUAGAAUGGGCAUCGGAUAAUCUUAACAGGUUCGACUCGGAGCGAAUCGACGAGCUGCCAGCAGACAAAGCCUCUUUCAUGGAAGCAAACGACUUCAGUUUUGCUGAACCGCGGUGCAUGCACAAUCUACUCACUUAUGGCAAUAAUAUCACUUCAAAUGCAAGGGAAGAGACCGUGAGUGCCAUUGUCUUUGGAUCGAACCAUUCAAGCUCAGAAGCUGCCAUCAAGUCGGGUUUGAAUUUAGAGCACAAGCCACUUUUCGAAGUCGAGAUCUCCGAUGCUGCAUUACGGCUUGCCAAAUCCUGGGUUUUGGCGUCCAUCUUGACAACAGACGCAGGCUUUGAUCCGGAAGUAAUACGGUGGAAAUUGGCAGGAUUAGCGCCGACACCCGAUGCCACCGACGAUCUUCUCUAUCGGGCACUGGGAGUCCUACAAGAUGAGAAGCUCGUACAGAAGACCAAUAACAACCAGAAAUUGGUGCAGGGCGCUAGCCGAGGGAUUUGGGAACCAGCGAAGAAGUUAUACGAGCGGUUUGAAGAACGUCGCAUGAUCACAGCAGGCAUGCUUCGCCGUGCUUUCAUGUACAAGCUUGAGGUCCUUGACGCUGCAUUUGCGAGGGGGGAAGUGGUGACAAUUCAGAAGACUGGGAUCAUCGACGACGGAGCCAUGGUCGCUGUCCUCAAUCUCAUAGCCAACGGGAUGGUCAAGGCAAGUCCUGGGGCUGAUGUACCUCGUACGCGCUACGGCCUCGAUUGGGAAAACGUCGGCUACAAGACGCGGGAAAUGGACAAGAAACUUCUAGAGUUCAAUGUCAAUCUCGUGCAGACGGAAGACUACACUUUCGGCGACAUGAAGCAAGCGGGACGAAGCAUUCCUAUUCCUCGGGGCGACGCAGACAAGCCAAUGGGCCAUAUCCCUCCCUGGCUGGAUAUCCACGGCCGCUUCCAAUCCAACUGGUGGGAGACGUUCGUCGCCGGUGUUCUCGGCUUGGUUGUGCAACUACCCGGCAUCGGCGCGAGAGACAUCAGUCGAACACUGGGGUUUGCCUUGGACGAAGGCGAGGUUGGCUUGUUGAUGGGUUGGUGUGUCGAUGCCGGGUUCGCGACCAUAGAGUCUCGCUCCGGAGGCUACGAGACGACCUGCGACUGGUGGCUAUGUAUUUCUAAUGGGAAUUGGCCUUGGGGCGACUGCUGGGAAUGA